GUCUACAUUCUCAACGCCAUUCUCUCGCCGACUCGCUCAAUUGUCCUUCCUUCGCUUUCGGAUUCCGUGUAAUAGCUCAAUUGCUUUGCCCCUCCAGAUAUUUCCGUUGGCUCUAAGCCAUUGGAGGAUCGGCAAUUGCAAAGAGUCACCCUCGGGUAUAUAGGCGCCAUGGCGUCGACGACAAAGGCGCCGGAGAAGCGCAAGGAGAAGCCAAGCGCUCUCCGCUCGGUGAUAGCUGGGGCGAGUGCUGGUGCCGUCGAAAUUUCUAUUACCUACCCUGCUGAAUUUGCCAAAACCCGAACACAACUCAACCAACGGUUAUCCGGUGCCGAUAAGCUCCCAUGGCCAAAAUUCGGUCCCGCAUGGUACGCCGGCUGCACAACGCUGAUUAUCGGCAACUCCCUGAAGGCUGGAGUCCGGUUCGUGGCAUUCGACCAGUUUAAGUCCAUGCUGCAAGAUGAGAAUGGCCACAUCUCCGGCCCUCGCACCGUCAUUGCCGGCUUCGGAGCUGGUGUGACCGAGUCGUUGCUUGCCGUGACCCCAUUCGAGAGCAUCAAGACCACACUGAUCGACGAUCGCAAAGCUGCCAAGCCCCGCCUACGCGGUUUCCUCCAUGCUGUUCCCAUCAUCGCACGAGAGCGCGGACUUCGUGGCUUCUUCCAAGGUUUCGUACCGACGACGGCACGUCAGGCCGCCAACUCGGCGACACGAUUUGGGUCGUACAACUUCUUCAAGCAAAUCGCAGAGUCAUACGUGGCGCCUGGUGAGAAGCUGGGCGCAGCUAGCACAUUCGGUAUUGGUGGUCUCGCAGGCCUGAUCACGGUGUAUGUGACGCAGCCCGUGGACACAAUUAAGACGCGCAUGCAGAGUAUUGAGGCGAAGCACCUGUAUAAGAACAGUUGGGACUGUGGGAGUCAGCUUGUGCGGAAUGAGGGCUUCCUGACGCUGUGGUCAGGAGCGUUGCCGAGGUUGGUGAGACUGAUGCUUAGCGGUGGUAUUGUGUUUACUAUGUACGAGAAGAGCAUUGAGUUGAUGGAUAAGGUGGAUCCGGAUAAGAGAUACAUUUGAGUACUGGAAUAGAUAGAGAAGGGGCUUCGUUAUUUUGUAUGUCAUACCACCGCUAGACGAUGUCAAGGCAUCGAAUGUAAAUUUGGAUAAUAGAUAUUAUGGGAGCUGAACUA